ACUAACCAACUAAAGUAAACAAACACUGGAUUCAACAUGGCGUCGUGCAGCAGGGCCCAAAUGAUUUCUCUCUACAGGAUGCUUAUGAAAGAGAGUAAAAAAUUCCCUUCCUACAAUUAUAGGACAUAUGCACUUCGCCGAGUAAAAGAUGGCUUCCGUGAGAACCUUCAGGUUGAGAACCCUAAAACACUUGAUUUGCUAAUAAGUCAUGCUAGAGAGAAUCUGGCAAUCAUCAAGAGACAGGUAACUAUUGGCCAGCUGUAUUCUGCGCAGAAGACUGUUGUUGAGAAGGAGCAUGAUUUACCUUUAUAGGAAUUGUUUUCAGAACCAAAAACAGUGCCUAUAUAUAAUGCUAAAGGAAAGACAAAUCUGUGUUGUAGCCUAUUAAAUGUACAACUAGCCUAUCCUUUUUGUUUAGUUGUAAUGUACAUCAGAGUAUACUGUAUAUGUAUUUUAUGUUAUAUGUAAUUAUUAUUCAGCAAAUAAAUGGUAUACAAAUAA